AUGUCAUUUCGAAGAUUGUUGUGUACGUCCGCUUUGGUUCUAUUAACCACAAGUUGUGUCUUUUCGACUGUAUUAUUCGACGGCGCGAAUACUGAUGAUCGAACAUUUGUACAUCAUUUUUUGCAUAAAAAUAAAUAUGGUGGAAGGCCGCCGCCACCGACGACUACAACACCAGAUGUUGCUACUACAAAAUCACCGCAGGAAACUCUCAAAGAUCUUCUACCGCUGAUAACACAGGCUAUUAAGGAUGCUGGUAUCGGAGGAGGAAGUGGUACCGGAGGUGCUGGUACUGGUACGGGAGGCACUGGUACAGGAGGUACUGGUACUGGCACUGGUACAGGAGGCACUGGUACAGGAGGUACUGGUACAGGAGGCACUGGUACAGGAGGUACUGGCACUGGUACAGGAGGUACUGGUACAGGAGGCAGUGGUACAGGAGGUACUGGUACAGGAGGCACUGGUACAGGAGGUACUGGUACAGGAGGUUCUGGUACUGGCUCUGGUACAGGAAGUGCUGGUACUGGCUCUGGUACAGGAGGUGCUGGUACUGGCUCUGGUACAGGAGGUGCUGGUACUGGUACGGGAGGCACUGGUACAGGAGGUACUGGUACAGGAGGCACUGGUACAGGAGGUACUGGCACUGGUACAGGAGGCACUGGUACAGGAGGUACUGGUACAGGAGGCACUGGUACAGGAGGUACUGGCACUGGUACAGGAGGUACUGGUACAGGAGGCAGUGGUACAGGAGGUACUGGUACAGGAGGCAGUGGUACAGGAGGUACUGGUACAGGAGGUUCUGGUACUGGCUCUGGUACAGGAGGUGCUGGUACUGGCUCUGGUACCGGAGGUGCUGGUACUGGUACGGGAGGCACUGGUACAGGAGGUACUGGUACAGGAGGCACUGGUACAGGAGGUACUGGCACUGGUACAGGAGGCACUGGUACAGGAGGUACUGGUACAGGAAGUGCUGGUACUGGCUCUGGUACAGGAGGUGCUGGUACUGGCUCUGGUACAGGAGGUGCUGGUACUGGUACGGGAGGCGCUGGCACAGGAGGUACUGGCACUGGUACAGGAGGUACUGGCACAGGAGGUACUGGCACUGGUACAGGAGGUACUGGUACAGGAGGUGCUGGUACUGGCUCUGGUACAGGAGGUACUGGUACAGGAGGUGCUGGUACUGGCUCUAGUACAGGUGGUACCACUGGUAAUACUGGUACCGGUACUACUGGUACAGGGAAUACUAAUACCGGUACUACUGGCACCGGUAAUACUAAUACCGGUACUACAGGUACCGGUACUACUAAUACCGGCAAUACUGGUACCGGUACCACUAAUACCGGUAAUACUGGUACUACUAAUACCGAUACUACUACUACCGGUACUACUAAUACCGGUAAGACUGGUACGAAUACUACUACUGCUACUAGAUAUUCCAAUUAUCCAAGUUCUUAUUAUUAUGGUCCUCCUGGUGGUCAUGCCUAUAGGCCUCCUCCACCUGUUAUGUAUGGUCUUCCACCGACUAAUCAUUAUGCUCCAAUUUCAACAUUGCCAUAUCCAUAUCAAUAUUAUUAUUAUUGA